GCUCACUGUUUGAAGGUGGUUGAGACGUCAGUUUUACUCUUGAUAUGCAGUCAAAUGUCGAGUGUUCUGAAACUGGAGGGCGAGUGAGCUAUUCCAGAGCUGAAAUUUUAGCUCUUUAUGACUUCGGGAAGUCCAUUCCUCUACAGGAUGAUGUGAUUAAAAAAUCUCAAGUAAGUUACUGAUCAGUACUGAUCAGUAAGAAUAAGUUGAUUGAACACGUGUUCAAUCAACUUAUUCUUGUCUCAUUUUUACCUGUCGUACCGCUUACAGUGCGUUAGUAUAUUAGCUGGGAUUUGGAACAAUAAUGUCAGUAAUCUGUUAAUUGACAUCAUAAACAAAGUCAUUACCUAAUCAUUCACCCCAUUCAUUUGAUACCCAAUCCCCCUAUUUUGGGGGAAAUUUUGUCCAUUUUGGGUCAAUUUUUGGAAGCCGCAAUAAAAGAUUUUGGGAAAAUGGUUUAAAACUCCUUAAGUCUACCCAGGUCCGGGGGAAAUCCCCAAAAGUUUUGGGGAAAUAUAGGGUUUUUCCCAAUAUUUCCACAGAGUCUUAUAACGCUGGAGUUUUUCCCCAAAGUUAGGGGAAAACGCCGAAAUUCUCAAAAUAGGGAGAUUUGGCAUGAUCGUGGUAUCUACUUACUUGUAUGUUCCGGAGUGACAGUAGCAUCCAUGUCAUUCACUAAAAGCUUAUUUUCAGUUAUCUCCCCUAAAGCCUUCAUUUUACGUAGAUUUUGUCCUUCAGACUUCUGUGCAGCUCAUUUUUUGACUAAUUCGGAUUAUUACAAAAGCGGGAGUUAGCUUGUUACAUAACCACGAAAAAAUGGUUUCAUAUGACAUGUAUUGACUGACUUUCGUUUACUUGAUUGGAUUUCAAUUACAUCAAAAGUGCCUUUUUUAGGGUGUACUGUUAUUGUUAAUUAAUUGCUUGUUUAUACGACCCUUCACUACUUUUUAUGACAUCAUUCCGGUUUCUGUGGCUCCGUCUUUUGCUGUAUUAUGCUAAUAUCAUAUUGUAUUAUAAAUAUAAAAAACACUUAUUUUUAAUAAUAACCAGUUCCUCAUUUUUCAUGCGUAACGAAUACUAAUAACUAAAUCUACCUAAUAUUGUGUAUCAUCUUUCAUAGACUGGGACCCGUGGUAUGUCAACUUUACAAAUAAUUAUUUGGUUUUAAAUUUAGCAUCUCGAUCUAAACCCCAAAGAAAAAAGACUAGUUAUUCACAGUCAAGCGAUGGAGACGCCCAAAAAACUCAUGGUAGUAGUGGCGAGGAUCUAACUACUCAAGAAGUUGAUCCUAAUACCCAUGGCUGGCAUCGUAUGAACCGUUACGCCGGGCAUGCACAAUCGGGUAGUUCUUCACACCAUCCUCAUCAGAGAUAUCCAAGUGGACCAACUGGGGACGUCGAUCCUUCAAUUCCCGUUUCCCAAGCAAAUGGUCCCUUGCGUCCCACUAAUGAAACAAAAAGAGGAGGGCAUGGUGAUUGGUCUCGAGGAUGUGCUGGUUGGCGUCAACGUUCUUACAGUGGUAGUGAGCAAUCUGAUGUCUUCUAUGUAAGUUCUACUCGUUCUCUACGUUAAAUAUCUUCAAUGUUCCCUUGGUUUGGCCAACUAGUUAAGCUGACUUGUAAAAUUGUUCUCCUAAUUUUGAGUUAUUCACUGAGUCCUGAACCGUCGUGAUCUUAAAUUCAUUUGUGAUCAAAUAUAACGCAAUGAAAAUGUAUUACAGAGAUAAGGUUGUUGGUAUUUUGAUUGUGUACCUCAAAGUGAACAUCUGCAAAGUCCGAGUCAUCCAGCUACGUCCAAAUUCACCACUGUAUACCCUGCCCUGAGAUGAGGACGUCUCUAUAAUCGCUAUGGAUACAGAUACUCGAAGACAACUGCGAUACCAUAUACAAUAGUUCAACUCGUUUCUAGCCCUCCAGCCACUCAAAAAGACAAAUCUUGGUAAGAAGAUUGAUUGGAAAAAACGUAUAUCUAAGUUAAUUUAAUUAUUAUUAACUGCAGAGCUUCAUCAACCGAAUAACUGUCAUUGAGCAUAUAAUCAGUACAAGGACAAUAAAUUUAGAAUCAAAUAACUAAUUACGACUGAAAUGCACUGAAGAGGUUUAAAUGAAACAACCUCAAAUCGAUAUGUAAAAUAAGGAGUUUUUCAUCAUACAAUAUCUGGAUAAAUGGUAUCCUUAACAGUAAUCCACUCAACAGCUAGCAAAAACAGGAAAAAAAUGAGACUAAGCAGCCUUGUUUGAUAGUAAUCAUAAUUUAGAAUGCAUCUGCGAGCUGCUCUCGAUGCACAAUUUUAUAAUCCGCCCCCUUGCAGAAGUUCUGUAUAAUAGUGAUGAUCUUUCGAGGUAUUCCAUAGUGUCGAAGAUAAUUCCACAACGUUUCUCUAUUCAUGUUGUCGAGUGGUUUCUCGUGACAAAGGUAAUCGAUGUACUGCAAUUCAUCCCAUUCAGAUGGUUGCUUAACAAUCAUCCACAGUAUUACAAUUUGGUCGGUACUCGGUAGAUCCUUACAAAAGCUAGCUUGUUGAUCUCUAAGUUAGUCGUCUACUGAACCUUUGAUUUGGUUCAGCUACACUGUUAAGAAAUUUUCCUGGUACUGACAUUCGUGUGGUUCUCACUCCUUCUAAAACCUUUGUUUAAGAUCUUGAUGAGCUAUACAUCUUUCUAGUCCGUUGGUUCUUGUUACCCCUCCCAUAUCUUUCUGAAGAGAGUAUGGAAUAACUUGGAAAUUACCUGUAUAUCUGAGUUUAAUGCUUCUCCUGUAAGUUGUCUGGUCCUGCCACCAUACCAUUUCUAAUUUGUCUGGUGGCCCUACCUGGUGUUACUUAUCCCGACGUCGGUGUUUAAGCGUCCCAUCGGGAUGGUGGGUUCGUUUUCUGGAUAUUUCUCUAGGAUGGACUGAAACCUCUCAUUUAACUGGUCUUUAUUAUCUUCAUUGUUAGUGCGUAGCAGUAGAUGAAAUUCACUUCAACCCUAUACUUCUUUGUUUUGAAGAAUGCUUUGAUGAUCCUGUGUUCACGAGCUUCCCAUCCUAUCGGGGCUUUUUGUGUUUUUUUUGCAGAGCAUCAUUACAGUUCCUUGUAUAUGCAGUGACAUUAUUUUCUUCAACGUCUCUCCCGUAGCUUGAUUUUUCUUUCUAGAUUUUGUCCAAUUUCACUUAUUCCAAACAGAACUAGCUUGUAUUUUUGCAUUUCCUCUGCUAUUUGAAUGGCCCUUCCGGUCUAUCACGUUCAUACAUCCCACUUCUUUAUGUUGAUUUUCAUCCUGACUGGGAGAGAGGGUGUCAGCCUCGUGGUUUUUGAAGACUAUCAACUUUCACCACUAGACUUCAUGAUUCUUCUAUGUAGAGAGACCCAUCAACUCUCAGAGCAGCGUUCAAUUGUUUUUUUUUCUGAUCAGCAAUUUCAUGGUAGAGUUCCUUUUUACGAGUUGUCGUUGGUAACCCUAUUUUCAGCCAUCUUUUACCUGUGCUUGGGAUUUGAAGUAGCUAUAAAGGGGCUCCAGGUGGAUUUACACAACUCACAUCAACACAGAAAGACGAACUCUGUCUUUCUUCAUUUAACUCCCUUGAAUGUUCAAUGACUUCGCAUAUUCACUUAUUCUUCCUUCAGAUUCAUUGUUUUCCUUAUAAUUAGUUUGACUGCUUUCAAGAGGUUUGACAACAUGAAUAGAUAUUAUGGUUCUUUGUUUUAUCAAUAUACAUGGCUGAAUAUCCUUGGUGGUUUACUCAGUGUUGGUUAUUUCCGUAAUUAGAGAAACAUGCGAUCGUGUUUUACUUUCGACACUUAUCACUGACUCAGCUCAACCUUUAUGUGACCUUUUUUAUUUGACUAAUAAUCGAUGAAUAUUGUAAUCUUUGUGAGGAUUACGACUGUUACUCCUUUACUGAUUUGUUGUAUUUCCUACUAUUUGCUGAGAGUUUGCGAAGAUUAUGUGGCUCGGUGGUAUUACGGAAAGUGUUCGAAUAGGAUGUAUGUAUAAGAAAAGUAAGUCGUACUCAUUAAGUUCCACUGACACACUGCCUUCACUGGGACACCUAUAUUAUAGAAUCAAACGCAACCAAGCAUAUUAUGUGGUUAAGUAUGAUAGGUAAAACAUCAUAUAUAUUCGUAUCCCUGUUUUUCUCCUCAUACCACAGAAGUCUUUUCCAUUUGUUCACUACUAUUUUUUAUCUGUAAAUAACGACGCUUUUUCUGUUGGUAAUUGAAAUUAUGGUUAAACGUUUUCAUAUUAAGCUGCCCCGGUUAACCGUUUCUCUCUAAACCAACAAAUUUGUUUAGUAUAACCACUCCAAUCACCGAGGUCGUGGUAAUGGGCAUCCAUCCAAUGAAGUUGAUGGAAAUACGGGACGUGGACGUGGUCGAGGGCGUGGUUCAGGUCGUCAAGGUUUGACACAUCGAGAACCUGUUGGUGGUCAGUCACAAACUUCAGGCAGUAAUGCUUGUCGACCUGCCAGUUGUUUAGUUGAUACUCCUGGAGGGCAAUUAGUUGUAAGUUGUCACUUAUUCAGGUGACAUUUUUGUACUCCUGUAUAAUUUUCGAUCAAUUUUAUUAACCGCGUUAUUGAGACCGUUCCUCAUUCAAUUGUCAAAAUACCUUGCUGACUGAAUUUUCCUUUUUGAAGAAGUUCUACAAAUCCUAGAUAGAAUCCUAACACUUUCUUAUUAGUACUUUGGGUCUGUGGAUGGUUGGACGACGAGAUCUCAGGCAUGUUCCUUAGUGUUAUAUCGGUGCACUAUAAUUAAUUGGUAGUUUCUCAACUUCUUAUCAUUUCUCAGUUGGAUAAAAAAAAACUUAGUCUGCCGUUGAAAAAGUCCCUUUUAUAAGUUAAACGAAAGUAGAUAUAGUUGUUCUGGUUGACGUUUACCUCUUAAAUUAUUUUUGCUUAAACAAUCACCAAAUAAAAGAAUACUAAACGGUUGUCUUUGUCUGCUACCACCAGUAUGAACCUUCAUCAAAGUUAAUUAUAAAGCUCUAUUCGUAAUUUCAAGUUUAGCGACUCAACAUUUUCGUUGAGUACUAAAUUUUCUGCUUCAGGGAAUAUCUGCACUUUCUACAAAAUUUUCUCCGGUGAAGUGUCUGAUACUUUCAAGCUCUCGACUGCAUAUGGUUGGUCUGUAAAGGGAUCUAGGCUGUACCUAGACUUGCGAAUUUGCAUCAUGUUGUGUGCUAACAUAUUGUCAACAAUAGUCAGGUCCCUCACUGCGGAAUUCCAGGUGUAGGCAGCCGGGACUUGUCAAAUACUCACAUGCCAACAUCAACCGGACCAAUACUUCCUUGAAUAAAAUCUUUAUUCUUUAUAUUUCCUCUAUUUUUAUAUCAACCGUCCCCUGGUCUGAUUUAUUUUUCAUGCGCAACCAGUGCCAGCAAUCUGAUCUUGUAGAAUCCUAUUGUUAUGACUUUAGGUUGCUGUCGACUUUUACCCUGUGCUAAUUGUUGUGUCCUUGACUGGAAAAUUAGAGCAGCGUACUUAUCGAUCGAUUACAGUGACACGUAAACACGUACGGACGGCCUAGAGUCUCGAUUGGUCCCACUUCCCUGUCUAGCCCAGCCUGUUGAGUCCAGAACACAAGUCACAGCCUCGGAGAUAUGAAUCACUAUAUUUCAAACAUACUUUGUUUAUAUACCAAUCAAACAUAUCACAUCGUACCAUAAAGUAGAAAACAACAUUCUGUACAAUAUUCACAAGUGAACAGAUAUCGACCAAUAGAAAAUGUCCAUUUAAAGUCCAAGGACACCAUUGGACUUAACAUGAUAAUUAUUGGUCUAUUCCUCUGCAUCCACAACACCUAUCCCGCAUAUCUUGGGAUCGCCAUCCAAACUUUAUGCUGGGAAGAUCUAAAUGUCUGGACCGUUUGUCAGAUUCGGCAAAAAGCUUAGAAUCUCACAUAAGUGAGUUCCUGUUAACAAUCGCUUGUUUGUUAUCGGAUUAAAUGGUACAGCAAGAACUCCGAAAGAUAGUAUACAUCCCAUUGAUCGCAGCUUAGAUAAAGUGAAAUACAAUUUCUAUCGGAAACUUUCUGACAUCUGGAAAGCUACACUUUCAAGUGUAGCAACUUUGGCGAAUAAUUUUAACUCCUGUGUAGGUAGGCUAAGUCAAACUGAAAAACAUUUAUAUGAAACUGUCAUCAUUCCUGGCUAGAUAACAGAGAGAUUUUAGUUCAACUACUCUCAGAUAAUUGUAUUUGCUUAGCAAGUAGUAGUCGCAGGAAAAUUGAAAGAUGCCGUAUAAUUUGGAGACUGACGAAAUCGGAGCGAUAGGGAUAGAUGAAUCUCGUUUCUAAUAGCCAUCGUCUAAAAGACUGAACUGAAGAAUCCCACCCUUUCCGAAACAUUUGUUGACGCCGAUCACGCUACGGUAUGAACUCGUUUUUCUCUACCAUGUUGGACACAGGACAAAUCCAAGAAUAGUAUCUCUUUAAACUCAGGCCUGUAAUGAAAAGGUCAAAGGUGUACUUAAAAUAGAACUAACUGAGCACUUAGUCUGUCAUGUAGACAAUGUUCAUCCUGAGGUAGUCUGACAGUUUUCAAUUGGAAUGCAGGGAUAAUUCGUAGCCUGUCCAUUGCAGCAAGUUGAUUUUUUGCAAAAGGAUAAUUUCAUUGAUUGAUUAUGUUUUCCUUAAUAAUGCAUUCAGGAAGAGUAGACUUAACUCCUUUAUAGCGUCAAGGAUAACUGCGACGAUAGUCGCUAAAGUGACGUAAAUUUUAUCAGGCAUCCAUCAGGGUUUGAUACAUGGUUAUAUUUAACGGUGUUCAACUGUAACUGUAUUUGUUGACCUUAAGGUUGCAUUCGACUUCGUUUAUGGACACAGUUUGUGUCAACAACUGUUAUUAAAAGACAUUAAAGUAAAUAAACCUUCUGAUGACUCUUUAACCGACCACUAAUGGUUGUGUCUAAGCCAAUGAUAAGCUGUCAUCUGAACUAGCUACUCCAUGUUGUUCAUCAAGGUUGUUUACUCUCUUCAUUUUAUUCUAUUUGUGCACUUGGCUUCUUCACUUCAUUGGUACGUCUUUCAGUGAUAGACAUUACUGUAAAACCUGUCGAUAAACGGAGUUGAAUGCAGCCUUAAAACAAAUAUAACUAAUAUCGAGCAUGGGUAAAGUAUACAUAUAUAUCCAAACCCUGAUGAAGGAUAGCAUGGAUGCUUAUCCCUGUAUUCCGAUUGUAUACUGGUUUGUUAACUGUAGCGUAAUAACUUGAUAUUGUUCAGCCUCUUAGUUGAAUAGAAGAGUUUCAGUUUGUGUGACGAAUUUUUACAAGCACUUAUUGUCUACAACUCCUCCUGAAGUCCCUCCGAGGGCUACUGCCGGUCCCUAGCCCGGAUAAAGGAGGGUUUGGCAUAGGGUUAGCAACCCCAUCCCGUAGAAAACUAACUCGCUAAAAAAAUGCUGGCCAGAAAAAAAAUAAAAACGCUAACCUCUUGUAUACCAAUACUCAUAGAUGUAUUUUUCAAAAGUAUUAAUUACCUAGUAAACAACAACAGUUGAGUCUUGUUAUCAUUUUUAUUGUGUUACAUUUAUUGCAUACCCAUUAAAAAGUCACCUUAUUCAUAAGUCUAUACUCGGUUUAUUCUAAUCAUAUUCUGGUCGUGUUGAACUUUUGCUGACAUUGUCUCUUUUUGUCCUAAUUUAUAUACCUUUUUUGUACACCAAUCACAGAUCUUAUAUACCACUCCUAGUUGUUAAGCCUGUCUAUCCCGUAUAUACUACAAAUCUUUCAGAUUGAUACAGCAUGCUUUAUGUUAAGAAUUUCCCAAUACCAUUAUUUCCAUAAUGUUGGUCCUCGAUUGCCGUGGGAUCGCAUCUCCUAAUGCUGCUCCAUUGCCUCGUGGAUUAAACCUAUAGGUCGAAGGCUUGGGGUGUGGCCCCCUAAGGAGACCACCUGCUUCGAUUUGGACACCCGAGCAGUAUCCCAGCACUCACAUAAAUCGGAUGAUUUAUGUGGCGCAUAUCUUUGUACCAAUGUUUAUGUGUUUAAAUAAAUAAAAUAAUCCUGAUAACGGUUAAAUGUAGUAAGAGUCGUGACUAACUUUCUAUUUAACCGGUUUAUAGGUCUUAACAUUUUAAAACUUUAAAGAGAUUUCCCUUGACAACUAUUUUCAUUUCUCCUCAACUUCUAGUGGAACAUUGUUAAGUUUAUAAAUCCUACAUUUAUUCUUGAAAGACAAUAUAUAAAAAAUAAUAUCCGUUUCUUUCUCUUUUGCAUUUUGUUUUACUAAGCAACAAACCAAAAAUGGGAGGAUUUACUCCAAAUCGUUUUGUAGUGACCCACCUCCUGGUUUCGACUUACCAAUUCAUGAUAAGCCUACUAGUGAGUCGUCAUCUUCAAUAACUUGUCAAAAAGAAGACGUUUUUAUUGAUAAUAAUGAUUCAAUGCCUAUUCAUCAUUGUCAUCUUGUGGAUGAUGAUUCUUCGAAGAAUUCUACACAAAUGAAUUCUAAACAAUCUAUUAUACAUCCUUGUAAUUGGUAUUACAUUGAUCUAUUUACAUGUACUCAAGGUCCAUUUACAAAUCAACAAAUGAGUACAUGGCUUGCUGGUGGUUAUUUACCAUUAGCUUUAAAAAUACGUCGUGAUUGUGAUGAAUGUUUUCUUAGUUUAGGUAAGUGGUUAUGCAAUUUACAUAAGUUUCGGUGAUUAACUUAAAUUUCUCCCCUAUUAACUAUUAUUCAUAGUUACAUUACACUGUAUUUACAGUAUCAAAAAUAAAAUUUAUACUUUCUCAAAAAGUUGAUUCAUAAAGUUAAUACCAUGUUCUACUACUAUUGAUCCUUAAGUACAUUGUUCAAUUUCUAGUCUGGAAUAUUCACUUCAUCUUGACAUUCAUCAGUCAAGUUCGUAGUACUAUCUAUGUAUUUCCCAGAAAUCAAUAUUUGUAUUAUUGAGAUUUCGAAAUUCAAUAUUUUAUUUUUACUUAUUUAUUUGAACACAUAAAUAUUGGUACUAAAGGGCAUUGAAUAUAUAUGCGCUACACAAGUCACUUGAUUUGUGUGUGGUCUGUGAUACUGUCCAAUUUCCCAGACCGAAGCGGGUGGUUUUCUUAGAGAGUCACACUCGGAGACUUCGACCUAAAGGUCUGAUCUACAAGGAAGGGGAGCAAGGUAAAGAGAUGCAGUCCCAUGGUAGCCGGUGACCAAUAAUUGGUUCAUACGCGAUUUUCUCCCUCAGGAUCAUGGAACCCAUGUACACCAUUGGUUUAGAAUGAGGGUUUUCCAACUUCCCUAGGUGGACCCUCCAUAUCCACCAAUCGGAUUAAAGCGCCGGACAGUUGCUUUUCGUCCUCUCAAUUUCGUAAACAACAUUGAUGUCGCAAGAAAGCAGUGAGUAGGACUUCCCUGGUAGUGGCUGUAUACGCGUGGCCAUGUGAAAGCAUUUUGAGAGAGAGAGCUGAUUCUCUUCACUCUCGGUCGUAUCAAGGCAUUUGGGGGUAAUAAAUUAUAAUCACGAUAGUUCAAAGAUAUAGCUAUUGAGCUUGUGUGUGUAUGAUUCGUACCUAUGAGGUAAUUGUGUCAAUAUUUUUUGGGCCUAUCAACAAAUUCACACCAGAUAGCAGCCGCUUACAGAGAAGUCUUAUUUGUCAUCAUGAAAUUUUAGGAUCUAAUUUUGAUCACAGUGGAAAUUUAAUCUUUGAAGCAAAUCUGGACAUCCGUGUUAUGAUCAUUAAAGGGAAUAGUAAUGUUUCCUCUUCGUUUAUUUAUCCGUCACUGUAUUCUUUCUAUACUGUUUAAAGUAUAUUGUUUAAGCGAUUUGGAGUUUGAAAUAAAUUGGUUACGAUGAUCCUGUAAUCCGUAAGAUUUAAGGGUAUUGAUAUUGCUUAAUACAUUUUUAGCGCCCAUUGACUCCAUAAUGCUGAUUAAAUCAUUAAUAAUAUAGACGAAAUAUUAAUCCUAAUCACAGUCGUAUGUGUUCUAUGAACAAAUAACAAUAAUAACAAUGUGUAUAUAAAACGUUGAAUAAAAAAGUAUCUCGGACCAGGGAGAUGCCAGAAAUGUUUACCCAAAAUGUUACUCAUUACAAUCGUUAAUAUAACUCAAAAUAAAUAAUACAAAGUGCAACAAAUAGGUAGGGGUUGAAUCAAAUAAUUAAUGCACGUCACACAUACACAAGUGCACAUAUGACAUAUAGUGUCAAAUCCUGAGGACAUGGUUAUAAGACCUAUUUCCUAUAUAAAAAAUGGCUCAGUAUUCAAAAUCUGUCAGUAAUCUAAGUUUGUCCAGAAUCACAUAGGCGUGCAAUAAGUUGUCACUCAUUCAUUUGAAAGUCUAAUUUCAUUCUUCGCUGACCGACUUGAAUAUCCUUAACUUUUUAGGAAAUCACAUCAUCUCAACCAUUUGAUUCAGCUCAUAUAACACUAUGCUUUAAACACUAUAGAUACAACACAAUCACAGAUGAAUAUUUUUGAGAAAACGUACAAAACCGUGUCCAUCCCAUGAUCUUUCCACGUAUGGUCAAAUCAACAAAAAAAUUUCACUCCUAUUGUAUUUAAAUCAUGAUGAAUCCCAGGAAUUCUCUGUGAGCAGAUCCUAUUCAGUAUAAAUUUAUCACUGUUCCUUCACUCAUUUUGUACAAAUCCGUUAUUCAGCAGUGUGACACCAUCACUCCACCACGAGUUUUCAUUUAUUCAACCUGAGAUACUGAAAUACAACACCGACCAGUACAUCGACCUUGAUAUGAUUACUAAAGUGUCGCUAUAUGGCUACCUUCUUUUGUUUCCACAGGACCACUCACAUCAGGCAGGUCCCAACACCUUUUUACAAAUACCGGGGUACAAUAAUGCAUGCUUAGAGAUAGUCCAAGGAGUAUCACAAUGUGGAAACACCACAUUCAUUGUCUUAAUCAUGAUUUACGCAUGUUAUCCCGCUGGUUUCCAUAGCACUUAUGAUUCGUUGAUUUUGAAAAGUAUAAGUUGCUAAUAAUGUAAAAUAACUAUUGGAUGAAAAUCUCCUCACUGUUUAGGGAUUCUUGAGUAGAAUGCGGAGGUAUGAUAAUAUCAUACAAUGCAAUUGUUUAGAAUGCUACCUGACCUGGUGACAGGUAAUGACUGGUCCUUGUUUCAUUAUUCGGAUGGAUAUUUUCCCUAAAUACAUUGUCUUCUACAUGGUUAGGUCGGAAUAGAAAGAAAGAAAGAAUGCGUAUCAUUUCAAGUUAUUAUGCUCUUAACCACUACUGUUAUUACUUAAGAUAGGUCAUAUAAAUCCGUAUCCUAUAAAUCAUUUUGUCACUUUGUCUUUUUCAACAUGAAUUUAUGCUUGUGGAAUCCCGUUUCUUUUAAAUAUAUUUUCUACAUUAUAACCCAAAGUUCCAGUGUUCACGUUAAUCUUGUCAGUAAAUCAAAUCACCUAAUGGAAUUUACUCAAAAAUAUUACGUAAUACAUUCACAAAAUGUUUUGAGUAGUCAUACGAAUUAGUUCAUUCUAUAAUAUACUUAUUCUCUGGUGAAUAAUACUUUCAUUCAUUGACUUUAUGAUUGUUAUCCCACUUCACCUGUGUGUCGAUUUCAGCUGCUAACAAUGUUUGUGCUUCGUCAAAGCUGGAUUCAUUAGUCUGUACUUGAAGAAUGAUCGACAUUAAUUAAUACUUUUGUACAUAUACAUGAACGUACAAAUAGUUGUUUUAUCAAUAUGAUGGAUAGUAGUUAUAUUUCAAACCAUAAUAAAUGCAUUGAGAUUAUUUCACAUGACGUGAUGGGUUUUAAUGGGAAAUAAAUCUUUAUUUACUGUCUUCCUGAAUCUCCCCUGUGUGUAUGUGUUGCUUUGAGCUACAUUUCAUCCAUAUAUGUGUGUGUAUAUGGAUCAAUAUAGGUAGCUCUCGCUCCUAUUGUAUGCAUUACCUACAUUGAUUCUAGAUAUGUUUUGUUAAUUUUCUAUAAAAUACAAUUGUAUUUCUGCACAGUUUCAUGCUUCUCAAUGGUCUUAUUUCACUCAUUUCUUCUUUUUAUUUAAAGCUGAUCAUAUGAAUUUAGCUGGACGCAUUCCAUUUUGGACUGGCUACAAUCAACCACCUAUUACACAUGCGAAUUUACCAUCACUUUCUGUAUUAAACAAUAAUAAUAGUAGUAAUCAGGUAUUAACACACUCAACUAUUAUCACCAACCAAAUAUCCUCCUCAACUCCACCAGGUAUUACAAAUCGUAAAACAGAUUGCGUAACUUCACUUCAACAAUCCACACUACCAACAUUUGAUGAAGAUACAACUCAGCUUCAAAACAAAGUAGACGUUAGUGUUUAUGAUGGUGAUAAAACUCAGGUAACAAUCGAUAAUGAUUCAAUAUCAUUGAAUAUGUCAACACUAUCAUCAAACACUAUAUCAUCUCCUGUAACUGAUUAUUCAGAAUCACAAACAAUCAAUAAUUCAUCUUCAUUUAAUGGCAUCAAUGAUAAAGCAUUAUUAGAUUUAUAUAAUGAAGCUAAAAAUAUUGCAUUACAUACAUCUAAAAUUGAAGCAGAACGUUUAAUAUUAGCAAAUAAAUUAGCUGAAAUUAAUAGUACUACAGCUAAAUUAUUAUCCAAUUUACGUCCAACCCAAUUAUGUUCUACAUUAACUCAAUCAUUAAUUCGAACAACAAAUGCUGUACAAACUGAAUUAGCACGUAUCCUAGAACCAUGUAUUAGUGAUGAUAAUAAAAAUACUACUCUUACUACUACCUUCUCCAAUACUAUUGACGAUGGUCAUCCCGAUGAUGGUAAUGAUGAUGAUAAUAAUAAUAUCAAAACUGAUAAUGACGUUAGUUCACCCAUUCUCAAUGAUUAUAGUAAUAGCAUAAAUGUUGUUUCAUCGACAAAAUUCUCAACAUUAUCAUCUUUAGGAAUAGAACUUACUGAAUCAUUAUCUACACUAACAACAUUUGAUAAUCUUCAUCAUAAUGAAAUUCAUUCAACGAAUGAUAAACAAAUUUUUAUAGAUAGAAAAUUAAAUACAAAUGAUGUAGAUAUUGAUAAUGAGCUUCCUUUAGAUUCAACAAUGAACAAUCAUGAACGCAAUCAUACUAGUCAGCAUACGAAUAAUGAUGCAUAUGUUGGUAACAACAAUGUUGUUGUUGAUGAUGACAAUGAUAAUGAUAAAAAGUAUCAACAACUUGAAUCAAUAGAAAAUCCAAUUCCUGAACGUGAAAUUACCGUACCAUUGACUUUAAAUAGUAAUAAUCAUGAACAAGAAACAUCAACAGCUACGAAGAAAUCUAGACGUAAAAAUAAGAAAGCUAAUAAAAAAUUAACACCAGACGAAGUACGUCAAUUAGCUUGGGAGUCAGAAUUCAAUCGUCGUAAAGCUGCCGCAUUAGAACAAUCAUUAGCUGAAGAAGCAAGACUAAAGAAAUUGGCCGAAGAAGAGGCAAUUGCUAUAGCUGCAGAAAAAGCUUUAGCUGUACAAGAGAAAAAUCGCCUUCUUGUUGAACAGCGUAAACGUGAAAUAUCGCGUCUGAAAGCAGAUAGUGAAUUGGCUCAGUUAAAGUUGCCUGAAUCCGCACGAUGGGCGGCGGCUGCUACUAGUAAUACAAAUAUCACAAACAGGACUACUCCAAUAGAUUUACGUUCUAUUCAAGCUUCUCAAGCCGCUGAAGAGGCUAAAAGAAAAUAUCAUGAUGCAUUAAUAUCUGAACAAGUUGCUGUGUUGAUAGCAGCUGAAGCAGCUUCUCCAUCAACAAAAACUCCACUUUCAUGGUCUCAAAUCGCUAAAUCGGAUACGACAUCUUUAACACCUAUAAAUCCAUGUAUAUCAAAGAAUGAUAAAACAACUGAACGUUCUAAAUGUACUGUUGCUAUAUCAUCUAGUAGUAAUAAUAAUGGUCCAAUACAGAAAUCCAUUAGUUAUUCAUCGAAUAGUAAUAAUACUUCAUCUUUAACACAAUUAGAUUAUUUAAAAAUCACUUCAUCAUCAAAAAUAUCCUUAAAUAACAAUAUAACUUCUGCUGCUACUUCUACAUCUGUUUCAUGUACACCGAAAGUGAAUAAUACAAUUGUUAAGUCAGUGACUACAACAACAACAACAACAACAGCAAAUAUACCUUCAAUAUGGGAUCUACCUGUAACAAAUAAUCUAGAUAAUACUAACAAUACAACUGGGAAAAAAAGCAAUUCAAAAAAGAAAAAAAAAAAUCGUGAAGUUUCUUUAUUUCCUGCUAAAGAAGAACUUGCCCAUUGGUGUGAAUCUCAACUGUCUUCCAUUCCUUUGUCUGGAGUUGAUUUGCCUACUUUAGUCGAUUUAUUAUGUGAACUACAAGCUACAGAUGAAAUACUAGAAUUUAUUGAAAAUUCAUUGGGACGAUCAAAGCGUAUAUCACAAUUCUCCAAAGAUUUUUUACAAAAACGUUCAUUUCUUCAUCAAUAACAAAUGAUAAUUUGUUUACUACUCAAUUCAUUCAAUUUCAUAUACGGAGAGAUAAUUAAUAACAAUCUACAAUUGUUAAUAUUAUCUGUUGUCUGUUUUUUUUCUCUUUGUCUUUUCAAAUUCUCAUUAUUUCUCUUAAUCUAUAAGUCAUUCCCUCUUCUUGUUUCUAAUAACAUUCUGUUUUUCUUUUAAUUAUUGUCUUUUCUUUUAUUUGAUAAAAUUUAAAAUAGAAUCACUUCUUAUUAUCAUUCUCACUUCGUCGUCACCAUCGCCGCCGCCGUUGUCGUCAUCGUCGCUCACUCACUCACUCGUACUCACUCAUCUACUUACACAUACACACAUAUGUGCGUGCAUCAUUCAUUAUUAUUACUAAUUUUAUUUUUGUUUAUCUAUUUCAUAAAAGUUCCAUAUAUAUAGAAAUUGGUUUCAACUUUUGUUUAUCCAAAUUCUUUUUUGGGGGGGUAAAAAAACACUCGAAUUUUUUUCUAUUUAUUUUUUAUUGGGAAAAAAGUGCAUUUCUUUUCUUUUUCUUUGUUUAUUUCAUUCAUAAACAAUAGUGUGUAAAAUCUUAAUGUUUAUGCGUCCACUUUAGUUAAAACCCACCCCAACCCAUCCUCUCCCCCCUUCUUAUCUGUCUGUUUCUAUAUCUAUCCAUUUUAAUUGUCGUAUUAUUUUUUUUGCUCUUUUUGCAAUCCAUAGUUACUCAAUUUAUAUAUAUAAACAUAUGUGUACAUAAGUUUUUUUUUUCUAUUAAAAAAAAAGAAUAAUGACAACAAUAAUGAUUCGUUUUUUCUUUUAUUGUGUUUGUCCGUUUGUGAAAUAAUUGCACAUAAUUUUAUUAUUUGAAUGAAAGGGUUUCUGUUUUGUUACUAUCGGGUUACAUGCUGUAAUUAUUAUUAUUAUUAUUAUUAUUAUUAUUAUUAUUAUUAUUAUUAUUAUUAUUAUUAUUAUUAUUAUUUUCAGUUUAGGGGUUGUGAAGAUUGUUAAGUUUUUGAUUGAGAUCAUGAAACGAUUGAUGUUAGACCACCAUUGAAAACCUGGAAGCACUGGAUGAUCGUUUCGUCCUAAUGUAGGACACCUUAGCAGUGCGUAUCCACGAUCCCGUUCGUGGGAUGUGCAAAUUGAUUUUGAUAUCUGUUUUCGUUUAUUCUACUCUAUUAAAAAAUAUUAAGUAGUGUAAUUGGUACUCAUUGAAAAUAAAUUAUAAAAUUUAAAAUAUUUAUAUUAACUCACAUAAAAUAUUAUUUAAUUACUUACUUACGUCUGUUAAUCCCAAUGGAGCAUAGGCCACCGACCAGCAUUCUACAACACACUCUGUCCUCCGCCUUCAUUUUCACUUCUAUCCAGUUGUUGUUCAUUCUUCUCAUAUCUGUCGCCAUUCCUCGACGUAUUGUGUUCUUUGGUCUUGAGGGUUUACCUUGUGAUGCAGUUGGAUGCUUUCCUCAAUAUGUAUCCUAUCCACUUCCAGCAGUUCUUCCUAAUUUAUUCCUACACUCAAAUCUGGUUUGUUCUCUCACACAACAGGUUAGGGUUGUUGUUGUUGAUAGUGUCUGGUCAACGGAUCCGAAGUAUUUUGUGUAGACAACUGUUAAUAAACACAUGUAUGUUCUGGAUGAUGGCUUUGGUAAUUCUCCAAGUUUCCACCCCAUACAGUAGAAUUAUUUUGACAUUUGUAUUGAAAAUUGUGACUUUGGUGUUAGUUGACAGACAGUUGUUUUGAAUUCCAGAUGUUCUUCAAUUGUUUAUAUGCUGUUCUUGCCUUGCCGAUCCACACCUUCACAUCUGCAUCAGAUCCACCAUGUUCAUCAAUCAUGUUGCUCAGAUAUGUAAAGGUCUUUGCAUCUUCCAAGGCUUCUCCGUCAAGUGUGAUUCGAUUGGUUCAUGUGUUGUAUCGGAGAAUCUUGCUUUUUCCUUUAUGUACGUUGAGACCUACUUCUGAUGAGGCUACUGCUACAUUGGUCGUGUUCUCCUGCAUUUGUUGUUGUGUGUGUGUGAUAGAAGAGCCGGAUCAUAUACGAAGUUUAUUUAUUGUUUUUCUUCCAUUGGCUAACGUUAGUAAACGUUUUCUGGUUUAUUAAACUGCAAACUGAUUAUCAUUGUCAUAACAAAUGGCGUUACCUGAAUUGAUAAGACUUCAUUUCCACCAGAGACUACCCAGAUGUCGAUGUGUUCGCUUCUGUUUUUACUUUCAUUAGAUUGUGUGUGACUUUGGUUAGUACGUCGCACAUAGCAUCUCGACCAGAAAGGUUAUUACGAGAAAUCUUGUGUGCAAUUCUUUGUAUAUCAAUAUUGGUUUGAAGAGAUUACUGAAUUUAACUAGGCCAUGAACCUUUCUGGAAUCACUGGACGGUCGUUUUGUCUCGGUAUGGGAUUCUUUAGAAGUGUUCAUCCAUUAUCCUGCAGCUAUAAAUCGAAUCCAGGAUCUUCAGUGGCUAGCUUACUUGAAUUGGUUCGUGAUCUGAAUAAAAUUCUCGAUUUACUGAAUAACCUUUAAUAGUUGACCGAAGAACAUUUCUCCACGUUUCCAUUUGUAACAUCAAACAAGCUUAAUAACCUUACUUUUUAGCAAACUAGGAAAUAUAUUUCCGUCAUAUUUAUUUUACGCCCCCAAAUGCCCUGUUAUGGCCAAGGGUGAGGAGAGUCCGCUCUCCGUCUCGAAAUACUCUUACAUGUUCACGUUCAUACAACCACUGCUAGGGAAAUCAUACUCACUGCCUUCUCGUGGCAGGUGUGUUGUUUACGAAAUUAAGAGGACAAAAAACGAAUGUACUAUAUUAUCACAAGUAGAAUUAACGUUGAAGUCUAUUACGCUUCGGCUUGACAAAUAUGAAGUUUACCUUACACACGAAUAACGAUGAUAGUACAGAUUGUUAUGAUACCAAGUUAGUAAAGUUUGGGAGUCCAUAAAUAGUCCUCGAUACAAACUUUAGAAGGUGAAAACGUUUUCAUCUAAUCAGCGUUAGAUGAAAACCUCCAGGAAAAUAAAUGGUUGUGUCACAUUCUGAUUGAGUGAUUGGCCAUGUUGUCACUAUAUUUAGUACAUUACCAAAAGACCAGUGUCACAUAGAAAAUUAUAAAUACACCCAGUAUUUUUGUACGCAACCUUGGGUAAAGCUCUUACUCACAUUUCACCCCUUUCCUCUAUUGUUCGAGUUGAAUUAUGGAAAGUAGUUCAGAUUCAUAGUAAGCGGCUGAAAAGUCAGUGAUGACCAUUCAAAUGGAAGACUUAUCAGUAAACAAAAUGGAAUCGGUUCAGUGAAGUAAAUUUCUAUUCUGACGAUUUCAUUUACUCAACCUACAUUAUCAUAUUAACAACUAAUUUCCACAUAGUAUCCCAUGAUUAUGCGUUCAUCAUCUGAAAAAGUUACCAGGUAUUGAACAUAAAUUCCGCAAUAGUCUCAAACGUAAUGAGAAAUAAUUAUACAUGGAAGUAAAAGAUAACUAUCCACUUGAUAAAUAUGAAAAUGAGAACAAACAAACGACCAUAAAAAUAUGUGAAAUUCGAAAGGAUGAUAAAAUAAAGUAUUGAAUAUGUAGCUUUUAAACAUACAGAUUAGGUUUAAAUUGAUGAAUGGCUCAAGCCUCGGUCAUGCACAAACUUGUGAUCCCAACUUUCUUAGAUCCCAUUCCUUAAAAUGUAUAGGUGGCCCUGAAAGAUGAAUUCGUUAGCGAUAUGUGAUCAGAGCUGACUGUGUGUCUAAGGGUUGACCUGUCAAUUGAUUUAUAGUCAUUCAUGUUAGGGUGGAUCGCCCAUUUAGUCAUAAACUUUUUAGCAAAAGUGAAACGUGGUUUGCGAUGAAUUCCAGGACUUGGGUUUUUGUCCUACUGGGUGUACUUGUAUUUCAGUGUCAAGAUCUAACUUUACCGAAUUAUGUGCUAAUUGUUAUUAAAGCUAAGAAAAAUAGUUUCCGAAUUAUAACACAGAAUAGUGUUCAUCAGUUUGAAGAAUCAAUAAAACACUAAAUAAUCCUUCAUAUAUAAAAAAAUAUGUGGAGAGAUUUGCUAUUCAUUAGAAAAAAAAGUAUAAUGAUGUCUUUAUUCAUUGUUGAACACAUGGU